AUGAAAGCCUUCCAAGUUAUUGCUGCUACUUUAUUAUUCUAUAACAUUUUAGUGGUUCAAGCUAAAGGGUUCCAUAGACCUACUUAUAAUGAAGAAUUCAAUUCUUCUGUGAAUAAUGUCACUAAUUUUAUCAGGGACAAUUAUCAUCCUGAGGUGUCUAAUAAUUGUACUAAAUUAAUUGGAGAAUUGGUCAGUUCUUUUAAUUCCAAAUAUGAUAAAAGACAAGAAUGUAAGUUUGUUCUUACAAAGUUGUUUGAACACAAACUUUCCCAUAUGAUGGAAGAUGCAGGUUUUGAAAAUUCCUAUAUGUACGAGAAGAUUAAUUGUGACCAAGUUAUAAAAGCAUUACAGUUUGCAAACGAUUAUAGCCCCAAGGACAUGUUUGUAAGGGCUGCAAAACAUGUUGCAACCCUUUCAAAAGAUCAAUUCAAACAGUUAUUGAAGAUUAUUAGAAGAAAUGAAACAGCACUUGACGUUUCAUACGAUCAUUUAAUUAAUGGAUCAGAAUUAGAUAUUGGAGUUCGGCUAAGUAAAAGAGAACCCAGAUUUCCACUGACCGAGUUGUUUUUAAAACAUUUAACUGUUCUUCUAGUAAUGGCCGCAGGUUUGCUAGAUACUUGUGGUAAUGUAUCAAUGUUCCUUUGUCGUACUAUGCUCGCCCUGUUCGUCUUUGCAUUAACUUACUGGAUGGUAGAGUUGUCAAGACUUAUGUUUGGAAUGUCGCUCCUAGCUGUUACUAAUGUUUUGCCUAUCUAA